AGACAGACAGAGAGAGACAGACAGAGGGAGACAGAGAGAGGGAGGUGAAAGCCAACGCCCCAUUUUUUUUCUCUCUGCCACAGAAGGAAAGUUUGUGUUGGCUGUGAAAUAUUUAUUGCACUUUCCCGCCUACUUCUGAUUACUCCACACGACUUCAGUUUCUUGUACGACUGUACAUCUGCUCAUAAACCCCCUCGACACAUUUCUCAGCUCUUCACCAAGCAGGAUAUUUCAGCCUACACAACAUUUAACUAGCCUCCUGUUGCUAAGGGCUGUUGCUGUCUGACUGGAAGCUGCUUAUUAAAAUGGCAGAUACUGCAGAAAGUCCAAGCUUUGUGGACAAACUAAAGGCCUAUGUACGAACUCGGAAAGGGACCAUACUGUCUGUGGAAAUACUCCUGAGCUUGAUCUGCAUCAUCUGCUACGCAGCGUCGCUGUAUGGCGGAUACUCAGCAGUGGCUAUUUGUGAGAUGGUCUUUGCCAUCGUCUUCUUUGUCGUCUUCAUGAUGGAGCUGGAUAAACAGUUCGGGGUCAUCAACUGGCUCUGGAGUGAUUUUAUCCGUGCUGUGAUUGGUGCUCUGCUGUACAUCAUCACCUCUCUGAUCUGUGUGAUCAAUGGAGUAGGAGAUGGAGCACGUGUCGCAGGAGGGGUGUUUGGACUUAUCGCUGGCAUUGUGUUUUGUUAUGAUGCAUACACCCUUUUUAUAGAGCUCAAGAGCUCCCAAGGACGGUCGGCAGUUUCCACAGAUGCUUGAACAUUAUUAUAACAGCAAGAGCAGCUGCUUGGGAAGACAUGGGAAGAAACAAAGGACAAACAAAGAAUUUUAAAGGUUUUCAUAGUAUGAUGAGGUCAACAUUGUGUUUUGUGAAGGCUACAAAAUGCUGAAAACAUGACGAACAGACUGAAAUAUCUGCACUAGCUAAUGGGAGGCACUGUAUACAAUAUCAGCUUGUAAUGGUCACUGCUUAUGCCAAAACAUUGCAAAUAAUUGGAGAUGCCAUUGCCUGACCUUUUUUAAAGCAGAUAUUUUAGCUGUUGAAUCAUUAUUAUUAAGGUUAUGUAAGAGCAGCUCCUUUUAACAUCACCCGGUGCUCUCUGACAUGACUCGGGAAUUCAAAAAGGAGUGAAUGAGAUCGAUCAGCAUUUAAAAAAAUAACAAAAAAAAAUCAGUCCAUGUUGACCAUGUGAUCAACAAAACAACACACCAAGAAAGGGACCUAAAAAAAAAAAGACACUUUGGUUCGGUUUAGUUUUGGAGCUGUUCUGAGUAUGUUUUAAAAUACAAUGUCUGUUUCAAUUGGCAAGGUGUAAAGUUUCAGUCACAACUGAUUAUUUAUGACAACUAAUAUUUGAUAACUAUGGGUUAUAAUUGUGGGUUUGUUUAAAAUAAUUAAUCUAAAGUAAUGAUUACAAUUGUAGGGAUAAGAUGUUUCUCUCUAGUUAUUUAAAGAAUACUAGCAGUCAGAUGAACAGAAAUAAUAACAUAAUGUUUCUAACAGGGUUUUGCCGUAGUUCUGCUUUUUAUUAGUUUUUAGUAUUUUGUCAGCAUUUAGUAUUUUGUUCAUUCGUAUUUUCCUCCUUUAACUAUAGCAGGGAAAAAUCAAGGCUGCUAGCACACCCUAAAGUUUGAAUAACUGGCCCAAGCCCCAAAAGUGAAUUAUAGAAGGAUUUUGUAUUAAAAUGUUUACUGUACACUUGUAACAGGAAUAAAGCUUGAAUGCAGGAAACCACUCCUAUUAGUAAAUAAUGAUUCUAACAGCUAAAAACCAUUGUUUUCUUUAUGGCUCUAUAAAGAGAAUUAAUACAUUUCCUUAAUCUGUGGUCUGGCCUAAAUUGUUUCCCUGCGUUAUCUGGCUACAAUUUCUUUUUUUUUACAGCACUAUAUAAAGAAACCCCAUUGCUUUGUAAUGAUAUAUCUUGUCCGUAAAUAUCUGCCAUUAUUUCUUUCCCCAUGGUGUUUCCUACCCAUGAAGUUUUGUACGCUUUAUAGCUUUAAACACAUACACAGUCGUAGUUGUAUCCUUUCUUAGUAAAACUAGGAAACAUAGUCUACUGAACAUGUCAUGGUUAGUUUCCUGUACUGUAACAUUUUUUUUUCUUACAGCAAACUCAGGAUACACCUUUCUUCCAAUGUUCAACACUUUUUAUGUUUGUUCUUGAUGAGAAUGAGAAGGGAUAUUCUGCAGUAUUUAAUUUCAUUGUCACAUAUCUAAUAUUACUGUUGGUUUUUUUUUCAUGAAGCAAUGCAGAAUAAAAAAAGUCUUCUAACCAA